UUUAUUAUCUUCUGUUCCACAGAACUGGCAUGAUUGUUAAACAUGGUACCUAAUCCCACAACUGAAAGGAUAUAGAAACGCUUAAUGAACUCGUGAAAGACAUUUUGGUCGAGGACAAAAGAUUCAAAGGGCAUCUAUCGAAAAAUUUAUGAUGUGGACAAAGCUCCUCGCACCUUCCUUGUGGUUGUAGGUUAAAAAUUCCGCCCGUCUCUAGUUCCAGGAAACGAGUGCAUCGAACUUCAGAUAUAAGCUAUAAAGAUCGUGAAGACACCCCUUAUUUGGUCUUGCCGUGUUGACCCACGAGGUUUCAACAAAUUCAUGCCACUACCUCACAGCAUACACAGUACUUUUACAACUAAUCUCAUUGUUGCUACUUUAUGGGGCCUAUAAGCCAUACAAACUGACAAAAACAUACUGAUUUAAAACUGAAAGGACCGGCAGGGACAGAAGGGCGUGUGACUAGGGGGCGGGCCUUUAAAGUUUUGUUCUGCGCCUACAGGCUCAAGAAACCUAAAUCCAUCCUUUCACCGGUGGAAAAUUUCAGUAGGCGUAAUACUCCAAGGUGGGGCCUAUAAUAUUGUUUAUUUCUAAUAAGGCUGUUUAGGAGAAAAGCAGCAUGGCUCUGCUCGUAAAGCUUUCUAGAGGAUAUCACCGUUUUAAUAGUACAGGCACGUCAUUUGCUUUUAGCAGGCGGCUUUUUUCAAAUGGAAGCAGAGUAUUGUGCACAAACAGUGAACAGUCGCAAGCAGUUUUUUUUCCACCUUUACAAAAAGUGAUGCUGCCUCCGAACUCUUUUGUGGGGAAGGUUGCCUUUAUCACAGGAGGAGGUACUGGACUCGGUAAAGGAAUGACUAGUGCACUUUCUAGUUUAGGUGCACAGUGUUUUAUAGCUAGCAGAAAGUUGGAUGUCUUGAAAGAGACCGCUGAAGAAAUCUCUACAAAAACAGGAAAUAAGGUUCAUGCAGUUCAGUGUGAUGUCCGAGAACCUUCUUCUGUUGAAGCUGCUGUUAAACAGAUGAUUAGUAUAGCUGGACUUCCUUCCGUUGUAAUUAACAAUGCAGCUGGAAACUUUAUCUCUCCCACUGAACGUCUGUCACCUAAUGCUUGGAAGACUAUAACAGAUAUUGUUCUUAAUGGAACAGCCUACGUGACUUUGGAAAUUGGAAAAGAACUAAUAAAAGCAAAGAAAGGUGCUGCUUUCCUGUCAAUUACAACACCUUACGCAGAAACUGGCUCUGGAUUUGUGGUGCCCAGCUCUUCUGCCAAAGCAGGAGUGGAGGCUUUGUCAAAAUCUCUCUCUGCAGAAUGGGGUCGUUAUGGGUUAAGAUUCAACGUGAUUCAGUCAGGUCCCAUUAAAACAAAGGGGGCUUUCUCUCGUCUUGAUCCGUCAGGCAAGUUUGAGAACAUUAUGACUGAUCGACUGCCAACAGGUCGUCUUGGCACUGUAGAAGAAAUUGCUAACCUUGCUUCUUACCUGUGCAGUGAUUAUGCUAGUUGGAUUUCUGGAGCAGUGAUUAGAUUUGAUGGUGGAAAUUAUGUUUCUAUUGCAGGAGAAUUCAAUGAACUAAGGAAGGUGACCAAGGAAGAGUGGAAUGUCAUGGAAGCAAUGAUCAGAAAAACAAAGGGCUCAUGAGACAUACAGUAUGCCUACCUAUCGGCAGACAUACAACACAGCAUUAUGUAACAGCUUCUGUAUAAUUAUAUAUAUAUUCUAUAAUAAUUCUGUAUAAUUAUAUAAUUAUAUAUAUUAUAUAAUAAUUCUCCACAGGAUGUUUGUAAUUUCAACAUAUGGAUUUGUCACCUUAAUCAAGAAUAAAUGAGACUGUAAUAAAACAAAA